CCUCUAGUUAUUCCCAGAACGAAAGAAACAUCAAGCUUCACAAUUCUACAAUUGCCACUAUUGAUCAUUUUCUACGGAGGAAAUGGCUGACCGCAAUAAAUUGCGAGCGGGGAUAUUAAUCGUGUCCGACACAGCUACGAAGGACCCAUCAACCGACCGAACUAUUCCACUUUUGAAGGAGCUCUUCCGUAGUGUUUCAUCACAAUGGGAUAUUGCCGAAACUUUGAUCGUACCGGACAAUGUCCUUGAGAUACAACGAGCCGUAAGGCUUUGGACCGAUGGAGAAGUUGUAAUGAAUUUGGUGGUGACAAGCGGCGGGACUGGAUUUGCUUUGAAAGAUCAAACUCCUGAGGCGUUGAGCUUUCUUAUUCAUAAGCAUGCUCCAGGAUUAGUCCAUGGAAUGCUAUCGUCCUCCUUAGCUAUUACGCCGUUUGCAAUGAUGUCAAGGCCCGUGGCAGGAGUCCGAAACAAAACCAUCAUCCUGUCUGUUCCAGGAUCGCCAAAAGGGGCCAAAGAAAACCUCGAAGCGGUCCUCAAACUCCUGCCUCAUGCGUGCAUCCAGGCACAAGGGGAAGAUUCAAGAUCGCUUCAUGCGGGAGGAAUUGAGAAAUUAGAGAAAGAUGCAGGCGUCAGGUUGCCCGAGACCAAGGGCUCAUCCGAACAACCAUCUCACUGCCAUCAUCAUGGUCACCACCAUCAUGGCCACCAUGGCCCCAGAGCACAUACAAACCCAAAAGAUCGACCUACGUCAAAUGACCCUUCAGCAGGUCCGACAAGGCGAGCUCGAUCAUCGCCAUACCCGAUGCUAUCAGUUCCAGAUGCCCUCGCCUUAGUAGCGGAACACACUCCGCCUCCAGUGAAGACAAUACGCGCAGUCGACCCAUCAAUCCUCGGUCACGUCCUUGCAUCAGACAUUCAAUCGAAUGAGCCCGUUCCUGCAUUUCGAGCAAGUAUUGUUGACGGCUAUGCCGUGCGUUUUCCCAAAGGUCAACCCAAGUUCUCCACAGGAACGUACCCGGUUGCGCUCGUCUCUCAUGCUGCAAAGGGGCAGGGUCGGGUCCUGAACGAAGGUGAAAUAGCAAGGAUCACGACAGGGGCCCCUCUUCCAUCCGGUGCAGACGCAGUCGUGAUGGUAGAAGACACGGCCGUAGCCGCUGUUACAGACGAUGGCAAAGAAGAGAAAGACGUGGAAAUAUUGACAGAUGAAAUCAAGAAAGGAGAGAAUGUUCGAGAAGUUGGUAGCGACGUGAGCCAGGGAUCUACUAUCCUGAAAUCUGGAGAACAAAUCAGUAUGGUCGGUGGGGAGUUUGGACUACUUGUUUCGGUUGGAGCGAAGGAGGUCGAGGUUUACAGAAAGCCCAUCGUUGGUGUGAUGAGCACAGGAGACGAAAUCAUUGACUUUGACGAAGCGAGACAGCUGGAGCUAGGCGAGGUUCGAGAUACGAAUCGCCCGAUACUUCUAACAUCUGUCAAGGCCAACGGAUUCGAGGCGGUGGACUUGGGCAUUGUGUCCGACAAGAUCCAUGCCCUAGAAGAAAAUCUACGGCUGGCUCUUCGCCAAUGUGAUGUCUUGAUCACAACUGGGGGAGUGUCCAUGGGCGAACUCGAUCUUCUAAAACCUACCAUUGAACGCUCCUUGGGCGGAACCAUUCAUUUUGGUCGCGUGAACAUGAAACCUGGCAAACCAACGACUUUUGCGACCGUCACGGUCAAGGGGGACGACGGGGAACGAGUCAGAAAAGUCAUAUUCUCACUCCCUGGUAACCCUGCUAGUGCGGUGGUCGCAUUUAACCUCUUUGUUCUACCCUCUCUACAUCACGCAAGUGGCAUCCAUCCUCUUGGUCUUCCAAGAGUCAAUGUCCGGCUGGAUGAAGAAGUUAAGAUGGACCCCACCAGGCCGGAGUACUGUCGUGGCAUCGUCUUUGCUGAAAGUGAUGGCCUUCUUCGCGCUGUGAGUACCGGCGGUCAGAGAAGUUCCAAGAUCGGGAGUUUCAAAGGUGCCAACGCGUUUCUUUGCUUGCCAGCUGGGAGUGGGGUGUUAAAGAAAGGCGACAAUGUUGAGGCAUUGCUUCUUGGGAGGAUAUUGAACACCUCCAACCCAUGAAGUUCGCCACUGCCAUUCUUCGACCAUCAGUGUACUGUGAGUCCUCCAAAUAGGGCCCUAUAGAACGCGAGGGAGACAAUGUGAAAGGUCAAACUAUAUACGACAGUGAGCGUCUCUCAACAAUGGGAAGGGUUAAUUUGGUGUAAAUUUGGGUCAGGCAGAAUCUUGUCGGUGUCGAGACUGGAAACUCCCAGGGUCUGACAUUUUGCAUGCGAGAAACUGUACUAUAGCAGCGUUAAACUGUCGAUGGCUCCAGUCCUCCGAACGCUAUCUAUGAACGUAUUGCUGAACAAUGUCAGCUCAAUCAUUGUGGCACAAUUGGUAUGAAGAGGUGCUAAACCCAGAGUCUAGCGGAAGAGGGACAAAGGUCAUCAUCAUAUAACAGGAAUAUGCGACAAAAUAUGUUCCCUUCUAUCAUCGGGUAAGCAGGAUAUGUCAGGCCCCGCAAUAUCAACUGUCUGUAAAAUGCCUGUCAGUUGCCUGAAU